ACCGUCAAUGUCAAAUGUCAAAUCAAAGUGAAAAUUGAAAUACCUUGCUUUGUAAAUAAAAAUAAACAGUUUUUUAACAGAAUUUGUGAUAUUAUUGAAUUCAUAACAAUGUCCGGGGAAGAUUGUGAAGCGGGUGAUCGCGGCGAUAAUGAUUGCCAGAAAUCUGACAAAAUGUUCACUCUUAAAAAGUGGAAUGCUGUGGCAAUGUGGAGCUGGGAUGUGGAGUGCGAUACUUGUGCCAUUUGCAGAGUUCAGGUUAUGGAUGCUUGUUUGCGUUGUCAAGGAGAGAGCAAGAAGGACUCGUACGGGAAGCAGGACUGUGUCGUGGUGUGGGGGGAGUGCAACCACAGCUUCCAUUUUUGCUGCAUGUCUCUUUGGGUGAAACAAAACAACCGCUGCCCUCUAUGUCAACAGGAAUGGUCCAUACAGAGAAUGGGCAAAUAGACAUUAACACUUCAUAUAAAUUCCGUAUCACACCUUGCGAUUUUCAAAUAAACUCAUGGUAUUCA